AUGUCAUCGAAUCCAAUAAUUAAUCAAACAACAUCUGAACCUAACACAGUAGUUGUCUCUGAUGAAACAGUAAAACAAAAUAUUGAAAUUGUUCAACCACCAGAAAUACUAUCAAGUAAACAAUCUUCAAAUUCCGAUUCCUAUGAAACUUUAUCCGAUAGUGAUGAGAAUGACGAUGAUGAUGAUAAUGAUGAUGAUGAUGAUGAUGAUGAUGGAGAAUAUCCAGUUGAUUUAACAUUCGAUUGGCUUGAUGAACAAAUGCGUGCUGGUGUUGAUUUACGUCCAUUACUAUCUCGAAUCUUGCCCGGUUUACCAGACGAUGUUUCAGAAUCGACUCUUUACGAAAUUUUCAUGGAUCUAUUUUUACCAUUUCGUCAACGAAAAGCACUCGAACAAUAUAAAACUCUUGAUGAUGCUGUAGAACUAAUAAGUACACGAAAAAAUAUUCUUAUCUUAACCGGAGCUGGAAUAUCCGUUAGUUGUGGAAUUCCUGAUUUUCGUUCUCGUGAUGGUGUUUAUGCUCGAUUACGUGAAGAAUUUCCUGAACUGCCUGAUCCACAAUCAAUGUUUGAUAUAAAUUAUUUUACUCAUGAUCCUCGGCCAUUUUUUCGUUUUGCAAAAGACAUUUGGCCCGGACAAUAUCAACCAUCGUUAGCACAUCAUUUCAUAGCUGAAUUAGAACGACAAGAUAAAUUACUGCGAAAUUAUACACAAAAUAUUGAUUCAUUAGAGCACUUAAGUUCAAUAACACGUCUUAUACAAUGUCAUGGUUCAUUUUCAACUGCAACAUGUCGUAGUUGUCAUUAUAAAGUUCAAAGUGAUGAAAUAAAGGAUGAAAUUUUGCAACAAAAAAUCCCUUAUUGUCCAAAAUGUUCGAAAGAUGUUAAUAAUGCCAUACUUAAACCAGAUAUUGUGUUUUUCGGUGAACAAUUACCAGAUGAUUUUCAUAGAGCAAUCUCAAUUGAUAAAAAUAAAUGUGAUUUACUUAUUGUUAUGGGUUCUAGUUUAAAAGUUAAACCAGUUUCACUUGUAUCGGAAUUAUUACCAAGUGACACACCACAAAUAUUAAUUAAUCGUGAAAGUUUACCACAUAAAACAUUUGAUAUCGAAUUAUUGGGCAAUUGUGAUGUUAUUAUAAAUGAAUUAUGUCUUCGUUUAGCUAAACUAAAUCCAUCAUUUCGACCAUUGAAAAAUCAAACUGAACAUUCUCUAAAUGAAAUUUUAUAUGAAACUCUACAUCAAUCAAUAGAAACACAUAAAAUUAAAAAACAAAAACUUGAUAAUGAUAUCGAAUCAUGCUCACACUCAGAUGAGGAUGUAUCAACACUUCAUCCGAAAACAAUCGAACCUAAAAUACCAGACGACAGCUCAACAACACAAAUAAGAACAUUAUCAUCAUUUAAGAAUUCGUCAUUAUUCAAUGGAGAUACAUCAUUUAUAAACUAUUCACCACGACGAUAUAUAUUUGCUGGUGCUGAAAUAAAUUUGUCAUCCGAUGACGAAGAUACAGAUCAACAUUUAGAUGAAGAAGAAUUACCAAGAAAACAUGCAGAAUGA